AAAUUUGGUUUUUAAAAAAAAUUCUAAAUUUUAGAGGUCAGAAGUUAGAUAUGCAAUAUUUCAAGAGAAUUGAAGUAAAAAAGAACUAUAAUAUUGAUUUUAAUAGACAUGAUAAAAAUGGUAUCAAGCAAAAAAUUUCAGCUAUUAAACGGAGCACUAACAAACAAUCAAAAACCAAUACUUCAACAAAAAAACGCUCUGUACAAACUUCUAAAAAAUCACAAAGAACAAUUGAAAGUAAUUUAGAUACAAAUGAUCUUACUUCAAAUACAAAAAGUAACAAUAAAUUAUUCAUGAUGCCAAUGAAAAAGUUAGAAUAUAAAGAAUGUAUGCUUUUAAUUGAAGAAAGGAAGGAAAAAUUAAGAGAAUUGCAGAUUGCUAACACAAUUAAAGAGCAUAAACAUGGACUUGAACAAGAAUAA